UGUGGACCAAGGUUCGAAUCUGUGUACAGUGGACCAAGCCUAGCCGUCACGCCGCUACGGGGCGGUUGUCAUGGUAACGGCGCUCGAGCCGCAGUGAGAGGCGGUGAGUCACCGAAUGGUAAGAGCGACGGCUACAGCCCGCUAUCGAACCCAACCGCGGCUCCUGGUGACGGUCAACACCAAGAACGACGUUGUCGCGUCGGCGUCAGGCUCGCCUCGGGACUGGUGGUGGAGGAGGUGGGGGCACCAAUGGUGUCAUGUCGCCUCAGCCUGACGGACCGCGGUGACAGCUGGAGGCCGAUCUGCAGAGCUCCAUCGCGGCGUCCCGGGCAUGCCCAUCCCCGCUUUCCGCCGCGUGACCGUCUGAAAGUAUCCGAAGCUGCAACCGCCGCGCGCGGGCGUCCCGCUCAAGAGCCUGGAUGCGGCACAGUUGCUCCAAACAGAAGCAACCUGCAGCAGCAACAUGGCUGACUGGAGCAACAAUUAGUCACUCGACCUUUACUGUUCCUUGAGACAUUCUUCCCGCAAAAGCAGCAAUCAACAGCCUCCAGGUGAGCAGCAACAGUAAGGUAACAGUCUCAGCUGAGUUAUAUCCAUUCCUGCUCCAAGAACAAAGCCCAGGAGGCCCAGGAUGAGCCUGCUGAAGGAGGCUGAGCUCGGCCUGGAGGUGGGCGCCAAGGUGCAGACCUGGGCUCAGUCUCUGGUUUACACCGUGGAAGAGUUAGAGUGUAAAAUCUGCUACAACCGCUAUGACACUCGCAGCCGAAAACCGAAGCUCCUGGGCUGUCUGCACAGAGUCUGUGCCAAGUGUCUGAAGAAGAUGGUGGACAUGGGAGAGUCUUCCCCCUCAGUCAUCAGCUGUCCUUUCUGCCGCCACGAGACCUACGUCCCUGACGAGGAGGUGUGGCUGAUGGAGGAUGACCGACACAUCCUGGCUGUUCUGUCGUGUCAGGAUCGAGCCCAGAGACAGGAGGGAGGCAAAAUGGAGGUGGUUCUGAGUCCCUCAGGUCUUUCUGGAAGAGGGGCAGAAGGAGGUGGGGAGACAUCCCAGCACUCUUCAGACUGUUUAGUUAUCACCAUCAUGGAGCUUCCUGAUGACUCUCCUUCCUCAGACUCGCUCAGUAUGUUCAAUUUGGUGGGACUGUACCGCCCCCCCAGCCUGGAUUCUCUGCCAUGCAACCUGCCAGCUCACAAGUUUCAUGCUUGGAGUUCCCGCAGCUUCCCCCGGUGCCUGCUGGGGGCAUUGUGUCUGGUGUUCUUCAGCUCGCUGCCUUUAGGGAUCUACCUGCUGAUGGUUGGUCAGCUGUGGCUGGGCGUGGUCCUCAUCAGCCUGGUUCCAUGCACGUUGCUGCUGCUUAUACUCUAUUGCUUCUGCCAGUGUUUGUGCCAUGAGCUAAUGGAGGAGGUAACCGCGCGCAGGCGUUCGCGGCCUUAAUGAGGAUGGCAGGACGGGUUUGAUGCUGCAAGGACUGCAAAGCACCUACCAUGGCAGCUGCAUGCAGUUACACCGCAGUGAGACGACACAACAGCACGCUGCCAUCACAACUGUGACUGCCAGGCUUAGAGCUGUGCCAAAGUCACUGCACGCUGCCAUGAGCACGACAUCACAAAAACAGUCGGCACUACAGAACUGCACUCUGUCUUGAAGACAGAAUGACAAUGUGAUGGCGCUACUGCAGCAACCACGAUGAUGCCAUACUAUUAUCAGGAAAGCAGUGAAGAUACAUGGAACACAAGAGCCAGAACCGUGGUCCGAUCUGGGAACUCUGGAGCAGACUGAGCCAACCUUACGUCCCUUGUGAACUACAUUUCUGAAACAGCCCAUCAGCAAAGGAGCAGAAGACGUGAACAUCAGUUUUUCCCCUUUGUUUUAUCAGAGACCGUGGAGUAAGAUGUCAGAGAUGAUCUGGAUAACAAGCAGUGUGUGAGCAGUGUUAACACGUUGGAAAUAUGUUUUGGAAACUAAAUGUACAGUAGAUACAUGCAAACCUCAGUACAAUAGCACAUUUUUAUCUCACCUGCCUCAUGUCACCAGCCUGGACUGACAACUCGGACCAAAACACAAGCCCAGACAAACACAGCUAGAGACCAGAUUACGAUCAACUGAGCCAGACAUAAACUUCUUGUGAAAACUUUCAGAGUUACAGAUGGUAAUUAUAAUGAGAAGAGAAAGUGUCAAAAGCAUUUUGAUCAAAGAUGUGUAGUUUUAGCAGCAAGUAGGUGUGUAGUUUGUGUUCUACAUACCUCCUGCUAUCUUUUAUGCGUGGCCAAACUCCUGUUCUCAUAUUGAGUAAUGUGACAUUGUUUGACUUUUUUGUUUGUUUGGCUGUCGUUUUAAUGGUAGCACUGAACAACUGACCCAUUUUCACUUCCUGUUUGUGACCAGGCAAGCCCAGGUCUUUGUAGGAUCAAAUAAACUUCAUGGAAAAAAAUA